AUGGGCUUCAUCGGCGCAACGGCAGCAGGCCUCAUGGCCGGCCUCCACGGCUACAUCCUCGUCCUGGAGAUGUUCCUCUGGACCUCGCCCCGCGGCCGCAAGGCCUUCAAUCUCACCGCCGAUUUUGCCGAGAAGACAAAGGCUCUGGCCGCCAACCAAGGGCUCUACAACGGCUUCCUGUCCGCCGGUCUCGCCUGGGGCAUCGCUCACCCCGUCCCCGAGUUCGGGCGCCAGCUCCAGCUCUUCUUCCUCGGCUGCAUCGUCGCGGCCGGGGCGUACGGCGGCGCCACGGCGAACCCGCGCAUCUUCUUCAUCCAGGCUGUUCCGGCGCUGGCUUCCAUCGGUGCCGUUCUUUCGGGCUACUAA